GUUGUUGGUGACUUUUGGUGAUUAGGGUGACAAGUAAAUAAGGUUAACUUUUUAUUUGGGUCAAAAAAGAAAAGUUUACAUGAAUAUCUCAGUAUUUCGUUAAAAAAUAAUGAUCAGGGUGAAUUGAACUCGCAUUGUUCUAUCAUUAGUUUAUGAAUACCAGAUGUGAUAGUUUAUAAACUAUGGAAAUAGAGCGGACUGGGAAUAAAUUGAGUUGGUCGGAGCUUAAGGCCGUUGUGAGCGACUUGAGACGGCAAUUAUCAAGCCUCUCCACAAUGAUCCCAACGGCUGUUUCCUUCCGGACUUUACAAGAUGGCAGGACUCGAAUUUAUUUUUUAAGCACACCACAGAACGGCUGGGAGACCACUCUCUUAUAUGCAGACGUGCCCAACGUUAACCAACCCACUAGUUUGCGCUUGCAGUGGCAGUGCGUGAUUGAAUCAAAUUUCCCCAGUCUGUCAUCAACGAAUAAGUUUUCGCGGGAGGAACAGCUGCUUUGGGAGAGGAAGCGGUUGGCUACUUGGGGCAUCAACACUUACGAGAUUCACAGUGAAUCCGGGAAAAUCAUUUUUCCCGCGUCCAGUAGCCUUUUCCAGUGCAUUGAUAACGGAUAUUCAAACGGUCCCCUAUUUCCCACAAAAUUACGAAUGACUUCGGCUGGAGCGAAGCUAAAUCCACAAAUCUGCCCAUCAAAUCCUGAUCUCGUAGCGUAUAUUUGUAACCAUGAUAUUUGGGUCACCCAUACCGUUUCUGGGUCAAAUGUUCGCUUAACGUAUGCCCAUAAAGGGGGCAGGUACCUUGCGGAUGACCCACUGUGUGCUGGGGUACCGUCGUAUGUCAUGCAAGAGGAGUUUUGCAGGUACCAAGGCUACUGGUGGCAGCCUACAUGCACAGGCGGUGUUUAUAGAAUUUUAUACGAGGAAGUCGACGACGGUGACGUGAAAAUCUUUUGUUUUCCCUCAUCUCAGUCCGACACCGGCGAAGUGGAAGAAUUCCGCUUUCCUCGAGCGGGCUGUGCAAACUCAAAAUCGUAUUUAAAAAUGGUCGAGUUCAAAGUAAACGAACACCGCCAAAUCGUAGAUAUUUGUAUGUUAGAAUUACAGUUUUCUCUAUCAAUGUUAUUCCCUUGGAUGGAAUACAUUGUUAGAGUUGGUUGGACCCCAGACUCCGAAUAUAUUUGGGUACAGUUGCUCGACCGAAGGCAACAAAAACUCGAACUGGUUCUCCUUUCUUUAAGUAACUUUACCGAAGUGCUUCCAAUGUACGAGGACUCGCCCAACGUGCAAUUCGGUCGUCCUGUAGUCCAAGUAAUCUAUUCACAAGAAUCGAGUAUAUGGGUCAAUGUGCAUGACUUGCUGUGUUUUUUGCCGUCCACUGAUCACAAUAACGAAGUGCAAUUUAUAUGGGCUUCAGAGGACACAGGUUUCCGACACUUGUAUUUAAUUACGUCCAGGAUUAUACCAUACAGUAACGGCGUCACCGAAAGUACAGAACCAAUGCAUUACAUAUUUUUACAACCGAAAAUCAUAUCAAAAGUCGCUUUAACGUCAGGCGAAUGGGAGGUUUUGGCCCAAAAUAUUUGGGUCGACUACGAGAGACAACUAGUUUAUUUCAUGGGGCUCAAGGAGACGCCUUUGGAGAAACACUUAUACGUGGUGUCUUUAAGGCGACCGGGCGAAGUCCGCUUGUUGACCAGACCAGGGUUUUCCUAUUCAGUUGACUUCAAUGAGGACUGUACGAUGAUAGUCACCGUUUAUAGUAACAUUCAAAAACCCCCAGCUUGUCAAGUCUUCCGGAUAUCUCACACGGACUGGACCGUUGAAGGAGUUACGUUAACUCCGAUUGGUUACUUGCUGGAAUCGAGCGCUUUAGCCAAUGAUAAUUAUUGCCCAGAACUGUACACCCAUGAAAUAUCGUCAGGGAAUGUUUUAUAUGCGAUGGUCUUCAAGCCGCAUCAUUUUGAACCGGGGAAAAAGUACCCAACGGUGUUGAACAUUUAUGGGGGCCCGGAGGUCCAGCUUGUCUCAAACUCGUUCAAGGGAAUGAGGCAGUUGAGGAUGCACAUGUUGGCAGCUAGGGGCUACUGUGUCAUAUCAAUAGAUUCCAGGGGUUCCCAACACCGGGGUUUGUUGUUUGAGAGCCACAUUAAACGGAGGAUGGGUACCGUGGAGCUUGAUGAUCAAGUUGAAGUAUUAAAAUGGUUGGCCGAAAAUUUAGAUUUUAUAGAUUUGAAUCGGGUUGCGAUACAUGGGUGGUCUUACGGGGGCUAUUUAAGCCUGAUGGGUCUGAUACAUUAUUCAGACAUUUUCAAAAUUGCGAUAGCUGGGGCUCCUGUUACUAACUGGAAUCUGUAUGAUACGGGUUAUACUGAACGAUAUAUGGACUUGCCUGAACACAAUCCUCAAGGAUAUAUGGAGGGAUCAGUCCUUAAUUACAUUAAUAAGUUUCCAGAAGAGGAAAACCGGCUGCUAAUAAUCCACGGCCUCAUUGACGAGAACGUUCAUUUUUAUCACACGAGUCAGUUGAUCAACAGUAUGGUAAAGGCGGGUAAACCUUACCAGUUGCAAAUCUACCCCAAUGAAAGGCACUCGUUGCGACACAUCGACGCGAGUAAACAUUAUGAAACGACCUUGCUAUCCUUCCUCCAAAAUCACUUAUAAUUCGUUUGCAUUGUUCAUAGUCAAGCAGUAUUAAAAGAAAAUUAAAUAAAAGUCGAUUAGAGAAUUCAACAAGUGUUUAGUGAGACAAUUUGUUUCUUACUGUAUGUUAAAUGUGGAUUGAAGUCAGCUUUGUAACAAGUUUUAAACGCAAUUGUAAAUAAUUCUACUUAUCACAACUACUAAGGCUUUUAAUUCGAUUGUAUAAAUUAAAUUAUUUAUAUGAAUUUCUAAAAAUUAAAGCAACUGUUUUUACCGUUACAAA